CCCAACACCACUAAAAAGCACUACCAAGCAUCAGUGCGCUUGUCCCUCCUGUCCAUCCCCUGGUCCAUUCUCUCUCCUGGUGUUUUUCCUCAGAGCCCCUGUCUGUUGGAACCUCAAAAAGUUGUCCAGAUCUCUUCCACUUGCACCAGGUAGCCUGGGCUUACCCUUUUCCUCCUCCCCUUUCUCUCACAACUGCCAUUGAUCUAUCUAUCGCCGUCCACCUACAACUCUGCAUCUUCGUGCAAUCUACUCACAGCUCCCCAGCAGGCAGCUCACAGCUUUGGACAUAUACCCGCUGGCCGCUGUUGAGCACCGAGCAUCCAACAUUGUGUUCUCAGUUGUCCUAUUUGCCAACCCAUCUUCUACCAGACCAUACCGGACUCGAUCACACCCAGGCUGGCCCAUCCUUCCUCCCGAAAGCCUGACACAGCCAUCCUCAUCGGCUCCAGCUUCUCUUCCGACCCUCCACCGCCCGCAUAUACUCCGUCUCCUCCUCUACUCUUCGACGAGACAGCGACGUCGAGAGACAAUUCAAGCAGCUUCGACCGCUGACGGCCACCGCCUCCAAUCUCUCUUGCUGCUCUUGCUUUCCCGCUCGCCCAUGAAUCUCAUCAGUUGCUCCGAGCUCCCACUCCUAGACCUGCCGAAUCCCUUCCGCCUCUCAUCUAGGACGUACUAGUUCUCCCAAAACCAACAACCGAUCCGACUUGGACUCGAUCUACUGUUCCUCUACACUCCUCCGCAAUGUCCGAGAAUUACGACGUCGGAACGCGGGCGUGGCAGCCCGAUGCCACGGAGGGCUGGGUUGCGUCCGAGGUCAUCAACAAGACUGCAGAUGACUCCAAGGUUAAGCUAGUCUUCAAGCUUGACAACGGCGAGGAAAAAACUAUCGAGGUUACCGCCGAGGCCCUCCAGAAAGGCGAUCCCUCCCUGCCUCCACUGAUGAACCCGACCAUGCUAGAGGCUAGCGACGACUUGACGAACUUGUCCCAUCUGAACGAGCCUGCUGUUCUGCAAGCCAUCCGUCUUCGAUAUGCACAGAAAGAAAUCUAUACAUACAGCGGUAUCGUCCUGAUCGCCGCGAACCCCUUUGCCAGAGUAGAUUCCCUCUACGUCCCUGGCAUGGUUCAGGUGUACGCUGGCAAACAGAGAGCAACACAAGCGCCGCAUUUGUUCGCUAUCGCAGAAGAGGCCUUUAUUGACAUGGUGCGUAGCGGAAAGAACCAGACCGUUGUCGUAUCCGGAGAGUCUGGUGCAGGAAAGACGGUCAGCGCCAAAUACAUCAUGCGCUACUUCGCGACAAGAGAAUCUCCUGACAACCCGGGGACGCGGUCCAAGAAGGGCGCCGAAGCUAUGAGCGAGACGGAAGAGCAGAUCCUGGCCACGAAUCCCAUCAUGGAAGCCUUUGGAAACGCUAAAACGACGCGCAACGACAACUCGUCACGUUUCGGCAAAUACAUCGAGAUCAUGUUCGACGACAAGACCAAUAUCAUCGGCGCCAAGAUCCGAACGUACCUCCUUGAGCGAUCCAGGCUUGUUUUUCAGCCUCUCAAGGAGCGCAACUAUCACAUCUUCUACCAGCUCGUCGCCGGUGCUUCGGACAAGGAGCGUCAGGACCUGCAUCUUCUCCCCAUCGAGGAGUUCGAGUACCUCAAUCAGGGCAACUGCCCGACGAUAGAUGGCGUCGAUGACAAGGCUGAGUUCGAGGCGACCAAGGGUUCUCUCCGGACGAUCGGCGUCAACGACGAUUAUCAGGCAGAAAUUUUCAAGCUUCUAUCUGGUCUGCUGCACCUCGGAAACAUCAAAAUCGGGGCGUCGCGCAAUGAUAGUGUUCUCGCGCCGACAGAGCCAUCCCUGGAGCUAGCCUCGUCGAUUCUGGGCGUCAACGGACCCGAGUUUGCCAAGUGGAUAGUUAAGAAGCAGCUGGUCACGCGAGGCGAAAAGAUUACGUCCAACCUGACACAGGCCCAGGCCAUCGUCGUCCGCGAUUCCGUGGCCAAGUUCAUCUACUCUAGUCUAUUCGACUGGCUCGUGGAGAUCAUUAACCGCAGCUUAGCGACCGAGGAUGUUUUGAACCGCGUUACCUCCUUCAUCGGCGUGCUCGAUAUCUAUGGCUUUGAACACUUUGCCAAGAACUCAUUCGAGCAGUUCUGCAUCAACUAUGCCAACGAGAAGCUCCAGCAGGAAUUCAAUCAACACGUCUUCAAGCUAGAACAGGAAGAAUAUCUGAGGGAGGAGAUUGACUGGACAUUCAUCGAGUUCUCGGAUAAUCAGCCGGCCAUCGACCUGAUCGAGGGCAAGCUCGGCAUUCUGUCUCUGCUGGACGAAGAGUCCCGUCUCCCCAUGGGCUCGGACGAGCAGUUUGUCACGAAGCUGCAUCACAACUAUGGCAGCGAUAAGCACAAGUUCUACAAGAAGCCGAGGUUUGGCAAGUCCGCUUUUACCGUGUGUCACUACGCCGUGGACGUCACCUACGAAUCGGAGGGUUUCAUCGAGAAGAAUCGCGACACCGUGCCCGACGAGCACAUGGCUGUUCUCCGCGCCUCUACGAACAAGUUCCUUCGCGACGUUUUGGACGCCGCUUCCGCCGUGCGGGAGAAGGAUGUGGCCUCUGCCACAUCUAGCUCUGUGAAGCCCGCCGCCGGUAGGAAGAUCGGCGUGGCUGUCAACAGAAAACCGACGCUGGGAGGCAUCUUCCGUUCUUCGUUGAUCGAGCUGAUGAACACUAUCAACAACACGGAUGUCCACUACAUCCGAUGCAUCAAACCCAAUGAGGCCAAGGAGGCAUGGAAGUUUGAGGGUCCCAUGGUCCUCAGUCAGUUGCGAGCCUGCGGUGUGCUCGAGACUGUGCGCAUAAGCUGCGCGGGUUACCCUACUCGAUGGACCUACGAGGAGUUUGCCCUCCGCUAUUACAUGCUCAUCAAUUCGGAUCUGUGGACGUCGGAGAUUCGGGACAUGGCCAAUGCGAUCCUCACGAAGGCGCUCGGAAGCAGCUCCGGCAAGGGCUCCGACAAGUAUCAGCUUGGCCUCACCAAAAUCUUCUUCCGUGCUGGCAUGCUCGCCUUCCUUGAAAACCUGCGUACCAAUCGGCUCAACGACUGCGCCAUUCUCAUCCAGAAGAACCUGCGGGCUAAGUUCUACCGUCGCCGCUACCUCGAAGCUCGCAACGCCAUUGUGACUUUUCAGUCCGCAGUCCGAGCCUACAACGCCCGAAAGCAGAUCCAAGAGCUCCGCACGGUCAAAGCCGCAACAACAAUACAGCGGGUUUGGCGUGGCUACAGGCAAAGAAAGGAGUACUUACGCGUCAGGAACAAUGUCGUCCUGGCGCAAGCGGCGGCCAAAGGUUACCUUCGACGAAAAGAAAUUAUGGAGACCCGCGUAGGCAACGCCGCUAUUCUCAUCCAGCGCGUCUGGCGAUCGCGGCGGCAGGUUCUGGCCUGGAGGCAGUACAGGAAGAAGGUUACCCUCAUCCAGAGCUUGUGGCGUGGCAAGCUUGCUCGUCGUGACUACAAAAAGACACGCGAGGAGGCCCGUGACCUGAAGCAGAUCUCGUACAAGUUGGAGAACAAGGUUGUCGAGCUGACACAGUCUCUUGGUACGAUGAAGGCGCAGAACAAGAACUUGACAUCUCAGGUCGAGAACUACGAGGGUCAGAUCAAGGCCUGGAAGAAUCGCCAUAACGCCCUUGAGGCCCGGACGAAGGAGCUUCAGACCGAGGCUAACCAGGGCAGCAUUGCCGUUGCACGACUGCAGGCAAUGGAAGACGAGAUGAAGAAGUUGCAGCAGAGCUUCGAGGAGUCGACCUCCAACAUUAAGAGGAUGCAGGAGGAGGAGCGGGAACUGAGGGAGUCCCUGCGCUCCACGAGCUCCGAGCUCGAAACGGUCCGCCAGCAGAGCGCCCAGAUCGAGAGCGAAAAGCUUUCGCUACGCCAGCAGCUCGCAGAGCUGCAGGAUCAGUUGGAGUUGGCGAGACGCCUUGCGCCGACCAACGGCGAGCUCACCAACGGUGCCAGCCAGCCCCAAACGUCGGCCGCACCCGGUCUCAUCAACCUCGUGUCUUCCAAGAAGCCGAAGCGCCGAAGCGCCGGUGCCGAGCCCCGCGAAGUCGACCGCUUCAGCGCUGCCUACAACCCCAGGCCCGUCUCGAUGGCUAUUACCAGCACUGCCCACAGACAGAACCUGCAGGGCACGGGCUUCAUGCCCGGUGUGGACAAUAUCGAGCUCGAGCUCGAGACUCUCCUGGCCGACGAGGACGGCCUCAACGAGGAGGUCACGAUGGGUCUCAUCCGCAAUCUCAAGAUCCCGUCGCCCAACACCAACCCGCCGCCUUCUGACAAGGAGGUUCUCUUCCCUUCGUACCUGAUCAACCUGGUGACGUCCGAGAUGUGGAACAACGGCUUCGUCAAGGAGUCGGAACGCUUCCUCGCCAAUGUUAUGCAGUCGAUCCAGCAGGAGGUCAUGCAGCACGAUGGCGACGAGGCCAUCAACCCAGGUGCCUUCUGGCUCUCCAACGUCCACGAGAUGCUCUCUUUCGUGUUCCUGGCCGAGGACUGGUACGAGGCCCAGAAGACGGACAACUAUGAGUAUGACCGUCUGCUGGAAAUCGUCAAGCACGACCUCGAGAGCCUGGAGUUCAACAUUUACCACACUUGGAUGAAGGUCCUGAAGAAGAAGCUUCACAAGAUGAUCAUCCCGGCCAUCAUCGAGUCCCAGUCGCUCCCCGGUUUCGUCACUAACGAGAGCAGCCGCUUCCUGGGUAAACUUCUGCAGUCCAACUCGACCCCGGCCUACAGCAUGGACAACCUGCUCAGCCUGCUGAACAGUGUCUUCCGUGCCAUGAAGGCAUACUACCUAGAGGAUUCCAUCAUUACGCAGACCAUUACCGAGCUGCUCCGUCUCGUCGGCGUUACAGCGUUUAACGACCUUCUGAUGAGACGCAACUUCCUCUCUUGGAAGCGUGGUCUCCAGAUCAACUACAACAUUACACGCAUUGAGGAGUGGUGCAAGAGCCACGAUAUGCCCGAGGGCACCCUUCAACUCGAGCACUUGAUGCAAGCGACCAAGCUCCUUCAGCUCAAGAAGGCGACUCUGAAUGACAUUGAGAUCAUUCAAGACAUUUGCUGGAUGCUUUCACCCAACCAGAUCCAGAAGCUCUUGAACCAAUACCUCGUUGCAGACUACGAACAGCCCAUUAACGGCGAGAUCAUGAAGGCCGUUGCCUCCCGGGUCACAGAGAAGAGCGACGUCUUGUUGCUGCAGGCCGUCGACAUGGACGAUAGUGGUCCUUAUGAGAUCGCCGAGCCCAGAGUCAUCACCGCCUUGGAGACUUAUACUCCCUCAUGGCUUCAAACACCGCGCUUGAAGCGUCUCGCUGAGAUCGUAUCUGCCCAGGCCAUUGCUCAGCAAGAGAAGCUCGAGUACGAUCCCGAAGACGGUUUCGAGCCCAACGGUGACCUUGCCGAGGUCGACGAGGAAGAUGUGGCCGCAUAAGUUUAUGUGAUCUAAGAGUGCGGAUGAAGAGGGCAUCGUGUGUUUUGAUUAGGAGCUGGGCCAGGCAGUAGAGCCUGUCUUGCAGAGCGUUUCGCUGUUUACUUGCUCACUACUACCCUGUGGUCCGGGUUGACCACUGACAUAAUGACGCUGUCGAGUGGAUGGCGACCUAUGUACGGGCGGCGAAGUGUCUGUACCUCCAUUGUUACGAGUUAGAGUUGGGGAUUUCUUACAGCAGGUUCUUGCAUGGAUAAUGUAGAAGCAAUGGUCGUGUAGGCGUCAAGUGUUAUCAGGAGAUACCGCCGAUGGUGUGAAUGAACCAAGAAGACAUGAACGGUAUAUCAGCCA